CAUCUUCACACCUGUGGUUCAUCCGGUGCCCAGCCCUCAGAAGCACGCAGCCCGCCAGCCCCAACUCGCAGUGCUCAUCGCGGAGAGAGGGAGAUUCAAGAUGGCCGCACCAGCUGUCAGCCGCUUCGUUGCCAAGAAGCCUUUGAACUUGGCCCCAACGGUGGCCUUUACCGCCUCCGGCGCGCCUCGCGUGGCCAACAUCAACCACCGUGUUCGCGCCCCGGUCGAUGAACAUGGACACAGCGAGCAUGGCGGCCGCCAAGACCUGAACCAGGUCCCAAGGUGGAGCGUCAGCGCCAGGACGGGCAACGUCUUCCUGUCCAGGACCAACAUCAAUGCACCCGCUACAAUCGGUGCUCCCCGCUACUUCUCGACCUCGCGCGAGGUUGCCGCUGCAGGCUCAGCAGCCCCCGAGGCACAAGGUGUGCCCGACUACAGCGCUUACCGCGCCAAGGACGCCGAGACGAACCGCCUGACGUCCUACUUCAUUAUCGGUUCCUUCGGCCUCGUCACUGCUGCUGGUGCCAAGGCGACUGUCACCGACUUCCUGUCAUCCAUGGGCGCCUCGGCUGAUGUUCUUGCCCUGGCCAAGGUUGAGGUUGACAUGAACUCGAUCCCGGAAGGCAAGAAUGCCAUCAUCAAGUGGCGUGGCAAGCCUGUCUUUGUCAGGCACAGGACCGGCGACGAGAUUGAGGAGGCCAAGAGCGUCGAUGUCAACUCUUUGCGUGACCCGCAAAAGGACGAGGACCGCGUCAAGCGCCCAGAGUGGCUCGUCAUGCUCGGCGUCUGCACCCACUUGGGCUGCGUCCCCAUCGGCGAGGCCGGUGACUACGGCGGAUGGUACUGCCCAUGCCACGGCUCCCACUACGAUAUUUCCGGACGUAUUCGCAGGGGUCCGGCUCCCCUGAACCUCGAGGUGCCCGAGUACUCAUUCGACGACGAUGCUCAGAAGCUCAUCAUUGGUUGAUAUGUGUAGAUCUUUUUAGACUGUUGAGAGGGCUUACGGAUGAAAACGCGAAUGAUCUAGAUCAAACAUGAGCAUUGUGCAUUUUCGGGGUUAAUGUGUGUAGAGUGGCAUGGCACUUGCAGCACAGCACCUAUGAUACAGGAACGAAGAUCACUUCU